AUGAAAAUUCCAAUGAUAGAAGUAAAACAUAUCUGUCAUGAAAAUGACAAAAUUACUACAUUGAUCGAUCCUGUGAGUAUAACCAGAAGUUCGACCAUUAGUAAAAGAACAAGAGAUAAUAAUGAGCCAUUAUCUCAAACCAAUAAAAAGAGAAGAUUAAUUUCAAGAAGAGAUGAUUUAGAUAAGAAGCAUAGAACUCUAAUCAUGGUAAGUGAAUAUAAUGAUGAUAUCUUUAAAUAUCUUUACAAUAGAGAAAAACAAAUUGGUUCAACUUUUAAUUAUAUGAAUGAUAAAGAAUCACCUUAUAAUUUUGGUCCUUCGAUGAGAGCUAUUCUUAUAGAAUGGCUUAUUGAGGUACAUGAAAAAUUCCAUUACGUUCAAGAGACUUUGAUAUUAGCAAUUGCAAUAAUGGAUAAAUUUUUAUCCCAAAAUCUUGUUACCAUGUCAAAAUUACAAUUAUUAGCAGUUACAUCAUUAUUUAUUGCAUCAAAAUUUGAAGAAAUAAAUUUACCAAGAUUAUCUAAUUUUGCAUAUAUUACAGAUGGUGCUGCAUCGAUCAAUGAUAUUAAAAUUGCAGAAGCUUACAUUCUCAAAUCUUUGAAAUUUGAUAUUUCAAUUCCAAAUCCAUUAAAUUUUUUUGCCAAACCAACUUCAAAUCCAUCCCAAAAACCAGAUGAAAGGACAAUCAUAAUGGCCAAAUAUCUAUUAGAACAUAUAUAUUGUUGUCCACACUUUAUAGAUUUAAAACCAUCACAGACUAGUCGAUUAGCAAUGUAUUUGGCAAGAGAGAUUAAUGAUAGUAUUAAUGAAGCCUCGAAGCCAUCAGAGGAUGACAAACAAUUCUGGAUAUCAUACGGUCAACUGGUUCAAGAGAUUGCGGAACCUUCCACAAGCCUAAACGCAUUAUUCGAAAAGUACAGCAAUGAAAAGUAUCAUAAAGUAUACAAUGAAGUGAAGGAAUGGUGUAAUAAACGCAACAUUACAGAUUAA